UCGCUGCGCCGGGCCCUCCUCGCUCGCUCUGCCGUGGAGAGGCUGGGGCAGCGCCCCCGUGGGAGGCGAGGGGGCUCGCUGCACCCCCUGCGCUGCUGCGCCGUGUUCCGCGGCCUCGGGGAUGCAUCCAGUCCUAAAGGCCUUUGUGUGCGGCUCCAUCAGUGGCACUUGUUCCACGCUCCUCUUCCAACCCCUUGACCUGCUGAAAACACGUCUGCAAGCUCUGCAGCCUUCUGUGAAUGGGUCUGGUCGUGCUGGGAUGGUGACGCUGCUUUUUAGGGUUGUUCGUACUGAGAGUAUUCUGGGGCUCUGGAAGGGUGUCUCUCCAUCCUUUGCAAGAUGUAUUCCUGGGGUUGGGAUUUACUUCAGCACUUUGUACGUGAUGAAGCAAAAGUUUCUUGUGGACCGUUCACCCACAGCCCUGGAGUCUGUCUUCCUGGGUGCCGCUGCUCGUGCAGUUUCUGGGAUUUGCAUGUUGCCAGUGACUGUGGUGAAGACCCGAUAUGAGAGUGGAAGAUUUGGCUAUGGGAGUGUGUAUGGAGCCCUGAAGAGUAUCUAUCAGACCGAGGGGCCUCGUGGCAUGUUCAGUGGGCUCACAGCAACGCUGCUGCGGGACGCACCCUUCUCUGGCAUCUACCUGAUGUUCUACACACAGACCAAAAACCUCACACCUCAGGACCAGCUGGAUUCAGUGUUCAUGCCCUUGCUGAAUUUUGGCUGUGGGAUCUUGGCGGGGAUUUUGGCCUCUUUGGCAACGCAGCCUGCUGAUGUCAUCAAAACACACAUGCAGCUGUCACCCCAAAAGUACCACAGGACAAGCCAGGCCAUUGCCUUUAUCUACAAGGACUUUGGGCUAGUUGGCUUUUUCCGAGGCGGUGUGCCCCGAGUUCUCAGGCGCACUCUGAUGGCAGCAAUGGCAUGGACGGUGUAUGAACAGAUGAUGGAAAAAAUGGGCUUGAAAUCCUGACUGAGCUGCACGAGAAAGGACCAGCUUCACUCCUUCUCCCGCUUGUUGUGAUCAACUGGCACUGAGGAGUUCCCAGUUCCACAGAGGAAUAAGCCUUCCUCAGCCAGGAAGGAAGCCCUUCUGAGACAGGGCAUUUGGCCUUUGGGCAAGUAGAGGAAAGGAAGGAUUGGAUCUUUGUGUUGUUUGAUCAAUGCAUUCCAGAAGGACUGAGCUUGCAGACUGCCAUGGGAAAUGGCAGGGUUUUCACAGCCUGGUAACUAUGCUGAGAAGCCCCUUUUAAAAAUAACUCUGUGCUCACCACCUUUAUGCAAUGAGACAAUAUUAGAGCAAAAGUGUUUGAGGAGAAAACAGUGAUGGCAGAACCUGCCAGCCUGUUCCUUGUGGGCAUGGCCAGAAAGGCCACAGUGACCACCACCUGAUAUAGAUUCUCCUUCCUCAUGUGCUUUAUUCUCACAGGGGAGCACUAGGCCCUGGUGGGAAACUGGAUGUGUGUCGUGAUGCUUGCAUUGUGGGCAUGGGUGGAAGAGAAAUGAAGUGCAGAGGAAAAGCUACAAACAUGGUCUCUGCCAUCACUUUUGUACUGUGGUUGAUCACAGACUAACUGGACCCACCUUGCUGUGUUCUGUGUUAUGUUAUUGAGCACCUUAACAUUCUUGAAAUGUCCUUCUGCCUCUACAGCAGAGUUUGCACAGUAAUUAAGAAGCAUAAGGCACUUUAGAAUUGAUUGCUACCAAAGUUCUACUUGUUCUCUGAAAAACAAGAAAAGUUGCUGGUCUAACUGCAGCAGAAACACUCAAGUUGGUUUUGUUGGAUUUUUAAUGCAGUUGUCAUACAGACUUGUUUGCUUCUUAUUCUUUAUUUGUUAAUCCCCGAUCAACACCCUCAGUGUGAACUGGUCUUUAGAUGUAGCUUUUAGGGCCUUGGCUCAUAAUGCAUAAAUGUAUAGUGGAAACAGAUAUAGAUACUAGCACUUCAGAUUUCCCUUAAAACAUUGCUGAUUGCAUGUGGAGUAUGCUUUGGUUUGGAAAGAAAAGGUUGCUAUUUCUGUAAGCUUUCUCCAAGGUUUGAAUCCUGUGGGUGCUUGGUAGUGACCUUUAAUUCCCUUAGGGCUCCACACAGACCCUUCCCAUUUUCCUGGCUGAUCCUUUUCUCUUAUCAGGUAGUCCACGUUCGAGUAUGCCUGAGUUUAAAUACACUUUUCAUCCUCUGUGCCUUCUUAUUCUUUCCUGCUGUGUUACUCAGACCUCACAGUGUGUGCCAGGUGCAGCCUGAUCCCCCCCUCCACUUGUGCCUCUGUGAUGGGUUGGGUCCCUUGCAGCUCUGUUAGCAUAGCCAUGAAGCUGGUGUGGAAGUGUGCAUCCUGUUCUGUAGUGCCUUGCAGAAGACUUAGCUUUGGCUUUUAUUUUCUUAAAUAUCUAAGGAUACUGCAAUUCACUUUGGAACCAGAGCACCUGUCUCUAAACCUGAGGAUACAAAACUGUAGCUGUAUGAACAACCAGUGCUACCUACCUGUUGUUCAUAAAUUUUAAAUUGUAUUUUGGACAGUCACUGCCUGCCCAGGCAACUUCCCGAGUGCAAGAACAGAGGGGAUGUGGGAUGUGUUCCUUACCAGAUUUCAACUCCAAGAAUGCUUGAUGACUGAUGUAAAAGUUGAGGGAAGUGUAAGAGGACAGAAUGGAGGCUUGGAAAGUGCUGCCUGUUUUCAGACUCAGCCCAUCUGUGAGGGGAGGCUGGUGCUCUGCAGUGCAGAAGUCUCCAAGAAUGGUGGUGGAGGGUUCUGUGUGCACAUCUAUGUGUUAGCAACAGAGCACUGCAUCAAAUCAGGCAUGUGGCACGUUAUUGGCUAAAUCCUAAGUGUGAACACCUGUUCCUUUCUUUUGCUGCUCCUUCUGCCCUUAGUGACCAGAACUUGUGAGAGUGCAUGAAACCCUGGUAACUGCACAUCCUGCUUGUUUGCUAUCCUGAGCACUACUGUCACACAGUCUGGGAUUGCUGACCUGGCAGAAUAAGGUGGCAAUCAGAUGAGUUACCUCAUUUGUCCUUUAUUCCCCUGUGUAUGGGAUCAAGCCAGAAUUGUGCUGGAGCCUGAAUUUAUUUAUUUGGUGCUUUAUAAAUCUGGUGUGUGAGUUGGAUCUGUUGAACAUCCUGGGCUGUGGCAGCCAAGUGCAGUGUGUGGGGUCACCUGCAAGGUUCUUCACACAUAUUUCAUUCCUGGUUUAGCAGUGCCAAAGCAAUGAGCAACCUGUGCAGACAGAAACUUAAGCUCUUAAAAAUGAGGCAGGCAAGCAAAGAAUGCGAGGUAAUCUGGAAUUAAAUAAAGUCCUCAACAGAAACCUCAAUUUCAGGAACACUUUGGUGGCUUUUAUGUCUCUGUACUUCUCCCUGGUCAAGUAACAAAAGAAGUAGAGAGUUUAUUUCCAUGUGCUAAUGUUUUAAGGUCUACUGUGAGGUUGUUUGUUUGUUUGUUUGUUUGUUUUAAUCGGGCCUAAAGCAGUGUUAGCUUUUACUUUGGGAAGGUUUUUCCAUUCUGCUCUGGUGCUUUGUUAUUGGAGAAGAGUGAAAAACUGUAUGGUUUUUGGCUUGUGGAUUAACCUGGGCUCCUCUGGGUUUAAGAAACAGAGAAUCUAAACUGCACUGUGUUUUAUCUACCAUGAGUGCUGCAAAUCCAAAAGCUUGUCUACUUGUGAGUUGGGGAGAAUGAAUUCUGUGAUGCAAGCUUGUUUGUUUCCCUUUGUUAUUUCUUUUGACAGCUUUCAUAUAUGGGAGAAGGGAAAGCCUGAAGUUCUGCUUCACUCUGUUCUGAAAGCUUUAUCACAUGGUCAGGCAGAAGACUAUUUCUCAGCUCUGAUCCUUACUGUCCUUCACCCUUUUGCCUCUUCAAAAACAUUCUGUUUCUGAAGUGAUUUAUUGAAGUUUCUUCUUGAUAGCUAUAGCAAGUCAAGACAAUCAAGUGCAUGGACUUGAAGUUUAGAUGUAUUCCCCUUGAGGUUUAAUGCUUAUACUUAACAGCAAAUUGUCACUGUACAGCCUAAAGGUAAAGAAAAUAAAAUAAAAGAUCUGGACAGAGGUAGUUAAUCACCUACCUCCAUUGUGCCAGCAGUUCAGCACUAACAGUCUUGUCAGAUAAUCAUUUCUAAAGCCAUCUUGGCUUGGAUUCCAGAGACAAGGGUGUGCUCCCUCUGUGCACUUCAGGAUGGCAGUGGGAUCCCUCUUGGAAUGACCUCUGGUGCUGGCAGUGCACUGUUCUGCAUGCAUUGUCUCUGCUUGCCCCUGCAGCUGUGGCUAAGGACACAGCUGGCUGGCAUGUUGAGGUAGGCAGUGUUUAAGUGAGUUGUAAGGACACAAGAGAAAUAGUCUGAUUAUUCAUGCUUUAGAAACUUUAUGUUUCCACUUCUCCUGUGUGAUGAUUUGUUUGGGUUUUUUCUCUCAGUCUCCUCAGAACUGGAGCUUUGAAACAUUGCAUAGCUUUGAGUAUUGUGAGUCUAUAUAGUAUGUAUCUAUAUAAAAUAUUUAUGUGAAAAGAUGUAAUAUAUGUUUUUAUUAAAAACUGGUUG